AGAAAAGAGGCUCGUUAUACUUCAAGAGUGUCAAGUAUCUAAGAUGGCAGCUGCAAGAGCUCUAGCCACCAUGGCAGUCUUCCUCCUGGUGGCACUCUCCACAUCCCACAUUGCGUCAUCCCUUCGCCCGGGGCUCGGCGUCUGCCAUGCGAGUGGCUACCUCCCAGGAAAAGCAGGUCAUUGUGAGCAGAGCAACGAUCCGGACUGCUGCGAGGACGGUAAGAGGUAUCCACAGUACCACUGCUCGCCUCCGGUCACCGCGAGCACGAAGGCUGUCCUAACUCUCAACAGCUUCGAGAAGGGCAAGGAUGGCGGUGGCCCGUCAGAGUGUGACAAUGCCUACCAUAGCGAUGAGGAGAUGGUGGUGGCGCUCUCCACUGGUUGGUUCAAGAACAAGGGCCGUUGUGGGCACCGCAUCAAGGUCACGGCGAAUGGUAAAUCUGUGUAUGCCAAGGUGGUGGAUGAGUGUGACUCCGUAUAUGGCUGCGAUGAUGAGCACAACUAUGAACCACCAUGCGCCAACAACAUCGUUGAUGCCUCGCCGGCAGUGUGGAAUGCCCUAGGGCUUGACCAGAACGUCGGCAUGGAGGGUAUCACAUGGUCUGACAGCGACAACUGA